GGAUCGGAUGCCAUCAGACAGCCAUAAUAUUGUAAUAAGAGCCGACAAAACACCUGCUGGAGAGCAUGCAAGGAGGUUUAAUUCACCGACAAUAGAUGAAGUGGCUAUUGUCGUUGUUGGAGAGAAUUUGCAAUCAAGAGAUAUUGUACUUCAUCGCCGGAACAAUGAAUUGAAAUGUGUAUAUGAAACGCAUAGAGCUUAUGAUGCUUUACAAUACCCAUUAAUUUUCUGGCAGGGAGAAGAUGGGUACCAUUUUAAUAUCAAAAUGGUUAAUCCAACAACAGGUGCUGAUACACACAAAAAAGUCAGUGCCAUGAAUUAUUAUGCAUACAGACUCAUGAUCCGUGAAGGUGAAGUAAAUCACAUUUUGAUGUGUCAACGGCUCUUUCAUCAGUAUGCAGUGGACAUGUACGUCAAAAUUGAGACUGAAAGAUUGACAUACAUCCGUCUUAACCAACAGCAGCUUCGAUCUGAAGAGUACAUUCAUCUUCGCGAUGCAAUCAAUGCUGACGGCAAUGUAAAUAAUGUAGGAAGAAUGACAAUUUUACCGGCCACUUACAUCGGAAGCCCGCGCCACAUGCACGAGUACGCUCAAGAUGCGAUGUCUUAUGUUCGAAAGUAUGGCCGUCCAGACCUAUUUAUUACAUUCACCUGUAACCCACAAUGGAUUGAAAUAAAAAAAGAACUGCUACACAACCAAACACCACUUGAUAGGCAUGACAUCACAGCCAGAGUUUACAAGCAAAAAUUAAAAUCUUUAAUGAAUUUCAUUACAAAGCAUCGUGUGUAUGGCCAAGUACGUUGUUGGAUGUACUCUGUUGAGUGGCAAAAGCGUGGUUUGCCACAUGCUCAUAUAUUAGUCUGGUUGGUUGACAAAAUAAGGCCAGAAGAAAUUGAUUCCAUUAUUUCAGCCGAAAUUCCUGAUGAAACGGUUGACCCAAAAUUGCAUACGAUAGUAACUAAACACAUGAUACAUGGACCUUGCGGAGUUUUCAACAACAGCUCACCCUGUAUGAUCGACGGCAAGUGCUCCAAACGGUACCCGAGAAACUUGCUUGCUGAAACCAUCUCGGGAAUCGAUGGUUACCCAUUGUAUCGUCGGCGAUCAGUUGAGGACGGUGGACGAUCUGUAGAUGUCAAGAUAAAAGGACAAGAUUUUCAUGUAGACAAUCGUUGGAUUGUGCCGUUCUCGCCCAUAUUGUCCAAAACUUUUGAAGCUCACAUCAACGUGGAAUUUUGUAACUCUGUGAAAUCCAUAAAGUACAUAUGUAAAUAUGUUAACAAAGGUAGCGACAUGGCCAUGUUCGCAGUAACAAACACAAAUGAUGAAGUGUCUCACUAUCAGAUGGGUCGCUAUGUAAGCAGCAAUGAGGCUAUUUGGCGCAUAUUUUCGUUUGCAAUUCAUGAAAGACAUCCCACUGUAUUGCAUUUGGCAGUUCAUUUAGAAAAUGGACAACGAGUGUAUUUCAACCCAAACAACGCUGUGGAUAGAGCGGCACGUCCACCUGUGACCACAUUGACAGGUUUCUUCUCAAUUUGUGCAACUGAUCAAUUCGCUCGCACUUUGCUGUAUGCUGAUAUGCCGCGCUACUACACAUGGAACGCAUCAUCAAAGUCUUUUCAGCGUCGUAAACAAGGAACACCACUUGAAGGAUAUGAAAAUGUAUUUGCCACAGAUGCUAUAGGCCGUAUAUAUAAACAGUACAUCCUAAUAACGAUGAAUGUUAUUAUCUUAGAUUGUUAUUGGUGAAUGUUCCUGGUCCGACAUCUUUUCAACAAUUGCGAACAGUUGAUGGACAUCUGUGUGCGACUUACCGUGAGGCGUGUCAAUUAUUACGGUUGCUUGAAAACGAUUCGCAUUGGGAUGAUACGCUCAAGGAUUCCGUGAUAUCUUCAUCGCCGCAUCAAAUUCGCACACUGUUUGCGAUUAUAAUAUCGACAUGUUUCCCCUCAAAUCCGAAUGAUUUGUGGAUGAAAUAUAGGGAUGACAUGUCUGAGGAUGUGUUGCAUCGCGUGCGUUGUGAAACUUUGAAUCCUACAUUGGAAAUUACGGCAGAGAUUUACAAUGACACAUUGAUCAUAAUAGAAGAUAUGUGU